CGGCUGCCCAGGCCUACUGGCGGAAGGGGAAGUGGGGGGGGGGCCGGCGGCGGUGGGGAAGAUGGCGUACCAGAGCCUCCGGCUGGAGUACCUGCAGAUCCCGCCGGUCAGCCGCGCCUACACCACCGCCUGCGUCCUCACCACCGCUGCUGUGCAGUUGGAAUUGAUCACACCUUUUCAGUUGUACUUCAAUCCUGAAUUAAUCUUUAAACAUUUUCAAAUAUGGAGGUUAAUCACCAAUUUCUUAUUUUUUGGGCCAGUUGGAUUCAAUUUCUUAUUUAAUAUGAUUUUUCUAUACCGUUACUGUCGAAUGCUAGAAGAAGGCUCUUUCCGUGGUCGAACUGCAGACUUUGUAUUUAUGUUCCUUUUUGGUGGAUUCUUAAUGACUCUUUUUGGUUUGUUUGUGAGCUUAGUUUUCUUGGGCCAGGCCUUUACAAUAAUGCUCGUCUACGUGUGGAGCCGAAGGAACCCAUAUGUCCGCAUGAACUUCUUUGGCCUUCUCAACUUCCAGGCUCCCUUUCUGCCCUGGGUGCUCAUGGGGUUUUCCUUAUUGUUGGGGAACUCAAUCAUUGUGGACCUCUUGGGUAUUGCAGUUGGACACAUAUAUUUUUUUUUGGAAGAUGUAUUCCCCAAUCAGCCUGGUGGAAUAAGAAUUCUGAAAACACCAUCUAUUUUAGAGGGACAGAGUGAGAGAGAGAGCAAGCUGCCAGGUCUGGGACUCAAGCUGAGGAAGGCUAUUUUUGAUACCCCAGAUGAGGAUCCAAAUUAUAAUCCACUGCCUGAAGAACGGCCAGGAGGCUUCGCUUGGGGUGAGGGCCAGCGCCUCGGAGGUUAAUGCAGCAGUGCCAAUAUGAGACCCAGCUGGGAAGGACUCAGUGAAAUACCCACCAGGAUUCUUUUAUCCUUUGUUGCAAAAGUGUGGACACUUUUGACAGCGUGACAGAUUUGAACUCCAGAAGCACUUUAUGAAAUGGUACACUGACUAAUCCAGAAGACAUUUCCAGCAGUUUGCCAGUGGUUCCUCACUACACUGGUACUGAAAGUGUAAUCUCUUGGAGCCAAAAAAACUGGAGAAAUAAAUAGCCUGCCGCCUCUAACAAGUACCUGAGUACUUGAAUUCUAUGGUAUAAGGCAGGGUUUUUCCUCCUCUUUGAUCGAUGAGGCCAUGGUGUGAAUGGAAGUUUCAGAGAGGACAAAAUAAAACGGAAUUCCAUCUUUCUCUCACUGUAUUAAAGCUUUUGUGUGUGAUCUUUUAAGUUAUGAUCAUGUAUUCUAGCUCUCCAGCGUAGAUCUGAGCUCAGAACAGUUUACAUACCUGCUCUUCCUGUGUCUUUACCGCUUUGAACUAGAUUUCUUUUCAGAUUGGAAAUAGGUAGUUGUUAAUGCUGUGGUUUUGUACAUCUUACUCAUUUGUAAUGCUAGGUUGUAGGAAGAAGGUUUAUUUUUGUCAUCCAGUUCUCCAUCUGGAUUUUGCAAACAUUAAGUUGUCAGAUGACAUGGAGAAAAGGGGUUAGGUCGUUCUUGGUAGCAGGAGUUCAAUUACAGGAAAGUCAGCUAUAAGCAAAAAAGCUAAUGUGGCAUCUUAUUUUGUUUUUCUUUCUUUUUUUUUUUUUUUUCCUAGUGUGGUGUAUAUGCUUGCAUUUCUUCAUUAGGAAGUAUCCAGGGAAAGACUGAUAAUGGCCACAUUUGUGGAAAACUACAGGAAGGUUUUUAUUAGACCCGGAGAACAAGUUAGAAGGUUGACUUUGUGGCCAGAUGUACAGGAACCCGUUAGGCAGGCAUAUGUUUCUCUGAGGUCUUUGGCUGGUUAACAUCUGUUAUUUCCUUAAUGAAAAGCCGAGAACCUUUUCAGAGCCAACUACUUGGUUUACUUCCCAGUCAGGGAAGAAAUUAGGAUCAACAGAAGUUGGCACUCAAUAAAUACUUGUCCAAAAUAAUUAAGUCUUCCAUGGGUUGUGGCAAGUUGGUGUUCAUACUGCUUACAUAAUUCAGGGAGCCCAGAAGAUUAAAAAGGGCAUCCCAGGAAGGAGACUGUUUUAAAUAAUGGUCAUACAUAGCAUAUAGGCACAAGACCUUUUCCCAAAACUGGGUUGUCAAUAGUAGUUUCGUCUUGGUUAAGGGGUAGCUUUCCUGAGUGUGAGAUUUUUUUCCUAAGAAAAAUUGACCUAGGCUUAGAUUAGACAUAAUAAACAUCCUAAAUGGGAAGUUGCAGAUUGUUUUUGAAGUGAAAAGUAUUUUAAUGUCUUUAAAUGGAAUAUGCAUAAGUAAUGGAAUUUAAGUGUUUUACAUGUUGCUAUUAAGUAACCGUGAAUAUGAUUAUUGCAGUUUUCUAGAACUUGGGUCAGUGGGACUGCUCUUUUUCCUAAGAGGUUUUAAAAAUGCUUUUGAAAUUUAAAUGCCAAUUUUAGAAUGUAUAAUCCUUACGGGAUUCUUAAAUUCUAUCAUAUCUUUUCUUUGUUCAAGAGAGCCGUGUAUCAGUGACUUUUAUCAGAAGUUUAGGAUUUGUUUUGUUUUUGUUUUCAGGGUAGAAAUGGAUUUCCCUAGUUAUAUUCUCCCUGAGUUAACUUGGAGUUACUCAAUUAAUGAAAUUUUUAUGGUGAAAUCCUAAAAUCUAUUUGUUUUCUAUUCAUUUAAGUAGGCAAUGCCUGUACACACUAAUGACUGGGUAAGACAGAAAACACAUUUCAAAUGCAUGACCUGAAGGCAGUCAGUGACAGCAUUUUGAUAUCUCUGAUUUUAUAGGAUACAAAUUCCUAGUGUCAGAAUGCCAUGAUG